AUGCCUCUCUCCGGACACUGCCUUUGCAAAGCCGUCACCUACAAGGUCGACAUUGACGCCCCUCUCCUCACUGGUUAUGACCACUGUGAUGAUUGCCAGCGUCAAUCGGGCUCUACCUACUCCCUUGUAGUCGUGGUUCCCAAGGACAAGCUUGAAGUCAAGGGACCCGUCAAGAAGUGGAAGGGCACUGCCGACUCCGGGAAUGCCGUCUGGCGUUGGUUCUGCGAGGAAUGCGGCUCUCCCAUUGCUCACGACCCCGAUGCCGCUCCCGAGAUCAUUGCCCUCAAGGGUGGCAGCUUGGAUACCGAGCUCAAGAAGGACUUGAAGCCUGACACCGAGAUCUGGACUGCCAGCAAGCUCCCCUUCUGCCAGGAGCACCUGGCGAAGCCUUUCGUGCACAUGCCCCAGUAA